AUGUGUAAGCCGGAUUCAACAAGGUCGUCCACAAAUAUCCCCUGUCCAAGAAACGAAGAUUUUGUUGGCCGUGGUGAGCAGCUUGAUAAGCUGGAAGAGCUGCUGUUUUCCCCAGGCCACCAACACAAGGUUGCGAUCACCGGGCUCGGCGGUGUUGGCAAAACACAGGUUGCUCUCGAGCUUGCUUACCGAACCCAGCGGACGCGACCAGAAUGCUCAAUCUAUUGGAUCCCUUCUGCGAACUUUGAAACUCUUCAACGAACGUAUCUUGAAAUUGCCCAACAGCUACAAUUACCAGGACUCGAGGACGAGCAAGCUGAUGCCAAGAAGCUCUUGAAAGAUUACUUAUGCCACGGUAGCGCGGGCCAGUGGUUGCUGAUCUUCGAUAAUGUAGAUGAUACCAGCAUGUGGUUUGGCAAGCAAGAAGGCAACACCGAGCCAUGCGGGUUGAGAGAAUAUAUUCCAUGGAGUGAAACGGGUAGCAUGCUUUUCACUACACAUUUCAAGAAGAUCGCCACAAAGCUCGCAAAGCGCGUGAUCGCAGUUCCAGAAAUGGACGAGGCAAAAGCGAUCGAGCUUCUUGGCAAACGCUUGGGGGAUAAGUCUCUCCUGCAAGAUAGAGAUCAAGCUGCGCUGCUUCUCAAGCAGCUGGCUUACCUGCCCUUGGCGAUUGUACAGGCUGCUUGUUAUAUCAACGAGAAUUGUCUCGCUGCGCUUUCGGAAUACCGAUCGCUCGUGUUAGGGCAGGAGGAAGAGGUGAUUGAUCUUCUGAGCCAGGAUUUUGACGACGAUCAGCGACCUCAUAAUGUGACAAACGCGGUGGCUACAACCUGGCUUGUAUCCUUUGAGCGAAUUCGGGGUACCAACCCCUUUGCUGCUGAUUGUAAGCUGAUGGGAGUGCUGUUGGGACUCCACUGUCAGAAACUCAGUGGGCAUUUCCACUUGAUCCUUCCCGCCAUGCAGUAA